UGUUUGCCUUCACAAUAAAAUCCCACGGUCUACAUCUCAGCAUACUUUCUACAAAUUAAACGUUUAAACUACUAAAAUGUUUUACAAAAUAGUCGUGUUUUCUAGUCCAAAAAUAUCACACGACGAAAUAUAUUAUAGUUAACGCUUGCUGGUUUUAAAGUGGUGCAAAAUUGCGCAUUCUUUCUCAACUCUCCGCAUCCUGUUCUUUGUUCGAUACCUCGAUACCUCUGUUCGAUAACAGAGAAGACUCGUUCUAAAAGAAACUGUUCCCACCCCAGCAUGCUAGUUGCACGAGGUACAGCAAGUUAAACAUUCUAACUACUGAAAAAUAGUCGUAUUUUUUCAGUCAAAAACUAUCACAAGACGAAGACGUUUUUUAACGAAAUGUAUGCGAGAUGGUAUUUAUUUUGACAACAGUACAGUGAGAAUUACACCACCGACUUCCGUCAACAGGAAGUAUACCCACUUAAGCAUGGGUCAAACGUGUUGUAUCAGUCACCGUGUUACUGCGUGAAUUUGGAAGACGUUGGAACGUCAUAUAAUGAAAAGGAAAAGCAACGCGGGUCAUGGCCCAGCCAAGAGGUUGAAGGGGCGGCAAAUUGGAGCUGAUGAGAACGGGCAAUGUGGACCGCGGAUGCUCGUGCUGCCUGAGCACCUCCAGCAUCCUAUCACAGCCAAGGAGCUGAUGGAGCUGCUGCAUUACGCCGCACUGCCGGGAAUAAACGGCAUCAAACAGCCCAGUUGGUGUCGUGUGGACGGGCAGCAGCAUGUGAAAGGCGUCAAUGUUGUGCUGGUGGAGGGUGUGACCCAACGUGACUUUUACAAACACUACAUGACUUUGAGGCGCCUGAGGAGCAACUACACCAGUAGAGUCACCUUCACGCCAUCCACGCCGUCCACCAGCAACCUGCUCUCCGGGAUAUUCAGCAGUGACGUGGCCACUUUGGACGGUUCCUGCGUGGGCCCAGUAGAGAGAGGCGGCAGCAAGUUGCACAAAGUGCUGACAACUCACCCGGUCGUGACCAAGUUUGGGACGAGGAGGCGUGGUCUGACGGCCUACUUGCUCCCCCAGGAGGAGAUGAUCAAGGGACAUUACCCGGUGAAAGGGAUGCCAGGCUUCGAGGAGUUUGUGUGCACCCAUAGCGACGAUGUCGUCACGGACGCCAGUCCUCUGUUUGGACUGGACUGUGAAAUGUGUCUGACAGUGAGAGGCUACGAGGUGACCAGGGUGUCCCUGGUGGACUGCCAGGGGACGUGCAUGCUGGACCGACUGGUGAAACCGGACAACAAAAUACUGGACUACAUCACACAGUUUUCUGGUAUCACAGCGGCCAUGUUGCAGCCGGUCAGGACCAAGCUCGGCGACGUUCAAGCCGAGCUGAAGAGGCUGUUGCCACGAGACGCGGUCCUGGUGGGUCAUUCCAUCAACAGCGAUCUGACGGCCCUGAAACUCAUCCAUCCACACGUCAUCGACACCUCGCGGCUGUACAGGAGAGAGUUUGGACAGAGGUUUAAGCUGAAGGUUCUGGCUGAGAUCGUGCUCCAUAGGCGGAUCCAAACAGAGGAGAGGACAGGUCACGACCCCACCGAGGACGCCUUGGCAGCGUUGGAGCUGGCCCAGUACUUCAUUAGAAGAGGACCUCUGCAGGUGCUUGAGGAUCACCUGGAGCAACUUUGGGGUUUGACGUUACAAGAAGAGUCGACACACUCGGAAUCAGAGCCCAGUAGCAGGUUUGCUGAGGUGUUGCAGCGACUCGGCAGGUCAGUUUGCUACAUGGGGAAGCGCUGCGACGUGGCCUUACACCUGGCCAAUCAGCAGUGGCUCCACUCUGACAAAGAGGUGGCGGCCUCUUUCAGGAGGCUGGGCAAGGUUCCGUUCUUCUCUGUGCUCCAUAUGUCUCCUCUCUCAAAGCGGUCCCAGGACCUGCCUGCCAAGCUGGACCACAAGGUGAAGACCUGGGUGGCGGGUUUGUGUGUGUAUGUCCUGCUCACGGCGUGCGUGGUGGUCUUGCAGGCGAGCACACUCCUUGGGGACAUGUGCGUGCUCUUUGCCGGUCCGUUUCCUGUAGGCUACCCCGAGAGAGAAGUGAGGCGACUGUUCCGCUGCUGUGGACGCGUACGGCGCGUGAAAAUGCUGAAUAGUACACACAGGGUUCACGCCUUGGUGGAGUUCAAGCUGCUAGAAGGAGCCGCGCUGGCACUGCAAACGUUGAACGGCAUCCAAGUGCAGGGACACACCUUGAAGGUACAGAGGCCGGUCAACGAGUCUACGCUGGAUUUGGAUGUGACUCUCAAUGCGCUGAUGAGCGAUGUGCUCAACACGCGCCGACUCUACACCACCAGACUCGAGCCCCUCCUGGCCCGCAGCGUCUUGGCCAAGCGCAGCGGACACACGCUGGACGGCGAGCGCUCAGAACUGAAUGAUCGCACGCCACUUCCUGCCGAGACAUAUGAGCUGAGUGAGAUAACGCUUGCGCAGAGGUUCGGCCGCUUUGGAGCCGUGGAAAGAGUCUUUGCCAAGGCUAAACCUGGAAGACGUGCGAGAUACGCGUGCAUACAGUUUGCCAGUCCAGAGGGCAGACAUGCGGCCUUCAGGUCCUUAGAGGAACUCUGGAGGGAAAACUUCCUCGUCUGUCCGGCGCUGACUCCGCCCCACAUGACUUCAUGGCUUGCUGACGACGACAGCGAGCUUGUAACUCCAACAGUGCUGGAGGUGCAGAUGGAGCACACCAUGGAGAAGCUGGACCGCCGCCUGGGGAAAGUCUUCCUGUCUCUCCCAGAAGGCACCUUGUCUGUGGUGCUCCUGCUUCCACAUCCCAGCGCUCCCAACUCUUCACCCGGUUUGUGCUUCCUGGACUUCAAGCAAAAAGUCAUCAGACCCCGCGGAGAGGAAAGCAAGUGUGAAAGUGAAUGAAUCUAAAUAAGUCUUUUUAUGGCAAACUCUUCCUUGCACAAAGGGACCUUGGACAAUCGCUGUCGCUUUGUGACCUCAAUAAAGAUGGAUGGAUCGACUCAGACCGUAUGAAUCGAUAGUACAGGCCCUUUAGGCGUAUAAAAUCUCCCUAGUGAGGAUAAGCCACAUAGAAAAUGUACAUUUUCUGGCCAUAGUAGACCUGUACAUACACAGGUCUACUAUGGCUAUUUUAUCCAGCAUCUUGCUGGAUAAAAACAUAAAAAAUUUAUUGCAUUUGUACUACUACAAUAAAAGGU